ACUUGUACUUCCAGAAGUAAAAAAAACGGUUAAUUUAUCACCAUGACAACGCUCAUAACAUUGACGGAUAGCACAGUUUGUAUUGAGGAAAUGACGGCCACAACAGCUACUCUAACGGUGAAUCAACUUCUACAGUUAAAAGAUGACGAAUUUGAAACCACCAUUAAAGACAUGGGACAGAGGAACUUAAUGGAUAUGAUAACUGGACUCCAGAAAGAGAUGGCCAAAGAACAGGAAAAUUUUAAUUCUAUGUCUGAAGAACUGAAGGGUUUUAAAGAUAAAAAUUCUCGACAGUACAAACAAAUAUCAAAAGACUUGAUGUCAUCACAGACGAGAUUAACCAGCCUGAUGAAUAGAAGCAUGAAAUGUUUCGCUCAGGUCAAUGGAGUUCAAAGUUCACUACAAAAUGGAGACUUGGAAUCAAAGCAACGUGGUGUCGUGUCACAGCCAUUGAAUAUCAGAGGAAAUAAAAAUGUAGCCAAUGUCAGACCGGUUUCAGUUGUUGAUGCAAGGGAGACAACUCCACAGGGACAAAGUGUUAAUAAUAUGGUGCAGAAAGCUCAUAGUGUACAGAACCUUAAUUUGAAUACAAGUGAUUCACCUGUGAAAACAACCUUAAAUGUGUCUUUUGGAGAUAGUUCUAAAAAAACAAAUGGAGUGACAGUCAACAAUAUGGUUGUGAACAGACAAAUAGAAAAUAAAAACCCCGAAAACCGUCAUAGUUGGUUCGGUCAACAGGGAGGCGUAUCGAAUGAAACACAGAAGAAACUAUCAGACAACCAAACGUCAUCCACAACCAACAUAAAUAUUACUCCACAGGCAAACAAAAACACAGACCGCAAGAUAAAUGUCAAGUCUGCAUCAAAAACAGAAUUGUCUCAAAAUAAUGGUAAACAGAAUGAUGAAGCAGGCGCUACAUCGCAAAAACUCAAUAUUACAACUGUCUCAUCUACAGUCACUAGCCAAUCAGAUUCUGAUGACAAGAAAUUACGGCCAAUCAACAUCAAGAAAGGUAACCAAUCGGGUUUAAGCAAUGGUGAUGUUGAAGAGGAUGAUGUGCUUGUCGUUACACCACGGAUGAAUUUAAUGUCGUGGAAUCCAAUAAAACUAUUGAAGAAACUUUAUCACGUUAAAUUAAUUGAAGAGACGGACGAAGAUAUAUCCUAUAAAUAUGUAUCAAUGGAGGGAUAUAUGGAAAAAUUACCGAUGAACAAAAAGAAAGCAACUUUAUUAAAAACAUGGAAAAGACGUUAUUUUCAAGCGAAGGAUGGGUGGAUACAUUAUUUUGAAAGUGGUAAUCGGGAUAAACCCAGUGAUAGCGUGCAGCUGAUGGGAGGAAAGAUAUUAGAAAUGACGGAUCUCGGAUCUAAAAUACUAGGAAUAGAUGAUGGGAGAGGAAGAUUUUUAAUGGUCCGUGUACCAACAGAUAAAGAAUAUGGUCAGUGGUUAUUAGCUUUAGAAAGUCAAACAUUAGAUAAUACGAAAGCAUGUUACGUUCAACCUGUUCUAACAUCUAUACCACAUCCUAAAAAGAAAGUGCUAGUUAUCGAUAUGGGAAGCAGUGCAAUAAGAGCUGGAUUAUUAGGGGAACAUGCCUCCUUACCACAGAUGUUUUUUCCGUGUACAGCAGCAGUGAACAAGACAAAUGGUGAUAUAGUAAUAGGUGUAGACGCUUACCAUCCAGACGUUCGGUGUAAUUCAAAUCUCAUACAUCCAGUCCACCCUUCUAAUAAGAUAGACAAGGAAUCUAUAGCUAUAUUCACAAUAGAUUGGAAAGCUAUAAAAAUUAUAUUUCAAAAAAUAAUUCAAGAAUUAAAAAUAAAUCCAUCACAAUAUUGGGUGAUGUUAAGUACACCACAGAGUUUAGGUGAUAAUUUAAAGGAAGGUUUGAUGAAUAUAUUAAUAGAUGAUUUACAUACAUGUGGUGUUUGUAUGGUUCAACAAUCUCUACUUUCACUUUACUCUUAUAAAGCUACAUCAGGAAUUAUAGUAGAUAUAGGACAAAGAAUAGAAAUAUUACCAAUAUUUGAUGGUUUUGUGAUAGAAGGUGGUGUUUCUCGCUUACCGUAUGGUUCACAAAAAAUAUUAGAUUCUUUAAUUAUCUCGUUGUUAGAAAAUAACUAUUCUUUCUCAUCCAGUGUUGAACAACUUAUAGUUAAAUAUAUCAUGGAACAGAGUUGUUUUGUUGCUAAUAAUUAUAAAAAUGAAUUAGAGAAUUGUAAAGCUAAAGAUAAUAAAAUAUUAACAUCAGUUAAAUUAGAUGAUAUUGAUCUUCCACCCACGGCAUACAAAGAAGUUAAAUUUGAUGAAGGAAGGUUUAAAAGUCCAGAAGGAUUAUUUGAUACGGAUAUGUGGGAAAUGGAUUAUCCUAAUCUACAUAAACUCAUCUUUCAAGCAAUACAAGCUUGUCCUAUGGAUAGCAGACGACACAUGUACAGGGCGAUAUAUUUAUCUGGUGGUGUUACUAUGUUACCUGGAUUCGCUGAUCGCUUUAGAACAGAAUUAACGAAGCUGGCUCCACCUGGUGUGCCUAUUGAGGUUCAUGCCUCACAGAAUAGAUAUCAUGCAGCUUAUAUUGGUGCCUGCUCCGUGGCUGGAAUGGCCGAGUUUGAAAUGAUGUGCAUAUCACGGGAAGAAUGGAUGAAAGAAGGGAAAAAAUCUUUCCGAAAAUGGAAGGCACCAACACUUUAAUUAAUCCAACAUUCCAUUUUGCUAAAAUAUAUAUUAUCAACAUUUUUUAAAAGUUUCACAGAACUGGAUGAUUGUGUGGAAGAGGUUUGAACAAUUGUUUGCUUAUUUUGACACCAGAUAAGGUCAUUUGACUUGGUUGUAGUGACUCCCACCAAUGUUAGUUAAGGGGAUACUCUAUGGAACAUUCCAGAAUUGAAUUCUCCUAAUAAUGAUCAUAAUAGGUGUCAGUUGAGUAAAACUGAAUAUUUUGGGUGACGGGGCAUGUGCUCACUAAUACUAAUACUAUCUCAACCAAUCAUCAUAGCUGACACAUUUGAUUACUUCACGAUUCUGCUUACACCAAAUUUAUUUUCGGGACACAAUUCUGUGCCAUUCAAUUGUAAAUCCUUCAAUUUGUAAUUUUCCUUGCUGAUAAUCUAUAAAUGGAUGUUUGUCUACUCUUCAAAGUACUGAACUAAGACCACUGAUCACUUAACUGGUGGGUUUCGAAUCCCCGGUUGUACGUGACAAGGAAAAGGGUCGCCUGUCCAACCUCGUGGGUUUUCUCCGGGUCCUCCGGUUUCCUCCCACUGCUAAAGACCCCUACGCGCAAGCAAUUUAUUGAAAUAAAAUUAAACCAUAUGUUAGUCCCGAAAUGACCCAGUUUGUGUCGAGUGGACGUUAAACCCCAUUUCUCUCUCUCUCACUUAACUGGUUUUCAAAUAUAGAGAGCUAUCCUAGUUGAGGAUUGUACACAGCGUGUCAGGAAUAUCCUGUGUAACUUCUUCCUGGAUUUAAUGAAAGGGUUCAAAAUGAAUGGUUGAAUGAUUUUUUUGUGCUCAUUGUAUAUUGCCUGUCAAGAAUAUCGCGUGUGUGUCUUCUUCCUGGAUUUAUAAAGGAUUUCAAAACGAAUGGUUGAAUGAUUUUUUUUGUGCUCAUUGUAUAUUGCUCUGAAUUAAUCAUGUAUUGUGAAUCAUUCCUGGCCUAUUAUAAGCAUGAUUGUUAAUUUAAGAUGGUCUUCGAACUAUUUUGAUACAUGUGUUAAUAUCUGUUAAAUCUGUGAUUCCCAACCUUUUUCCAAUAUUUGGACAUUCCACAAACCACCUACAUAAUACCUUUAUUUAUAUAAAUGUAUAUUAUAACAAUGCUAUUAAUUUUAAUAUCAAAUUCACAUCUUUGUCUGUUUAUUAAAUCACUUUAAUAUAGAAUUUAUAUUAUUAUAUUUGGUUUACCACUUUGAUAUAUACUAAUGUCCAAAAGAAAGUAUACACUGUGCAUUUUGUGCUGCAUCAACCAAAGUCAUUUUUCCAUGGUAUACGGUAUUUGGGUAGAAUGUCAAUUUGUUUCACAUUUUUAUUUUGCUUAGAAAUGUUGAGUUUGGACGCAAGAAACAAACUCAGUAAUGCUUUAUCAAAUUUUUUUAAUCUAAACAAAACUUAAUCAUACUUUUAGUGUGUAUACUUUCUUUUGGACAUCAGUAUAGAAACCAUAUUAUUAUAUUCUGUUUAUCAAAUCAUUGUAAUAUAGAAUUCAUAUUAUGCGGUUUACCACUUUGAUAUAGAAACCAUAUUAUUAUAUUUGGUUUAUGAAAUCAUUUUAAUAUAGAAUUCAUAUUAUAUUCUGUUGAUCAAAUCAUGUUAAUACAGAAUUCAUAUUAUAUUAUAUUCAUUUAUCAAAUCUUUUUAAUACAGAAUUCAUAUUAUAUUAUAUUUAGCAAAUUACUUUAAUAAAAUACAAACAAAUAAAUUAAUUAGACUACUUAUGAAAAAUAAACAAAUUUGUAAAUUCUUAACUAUGUACAAAAUACAUUCCAUUGAUAAUAUCACUCUAUCAACCUUGCCACAGUCAACAUGUAGCAAUCAGAACCAUGACUCUCAUUCCAGACGAAUUUGCCAGUAAUGUCUGACUGGCAGAGAAGCUGGUUGGCUGAGAAGUCACAUGUCAGUCAAUUCAAAAGAUAUAAAAUUAGAAUUUCAAUGAAUUUAACCUUUAAAUACACAAAAAUAAGUGUAAAAACACUUAUAUAGGUAAAUCGUGAUAAUGCUAAAAUUAUCACAUGUUUUCUUUUUUUAAAUAUAUUGAUAAUCUGACGUAAAUAAAAUAUGUCAGAAAUUGACGGACUGACAAAAUUUUGAAGUGGAAGUUCUGAUAAACAGUGAUUAAGAAAAAAGUGCCAACACACAAAUUUUGAGUUACCAAUAUGUAUAAAGAAUGAUAGAUAAGAUAAGUGGUAUCUGAUGUUCUUGGAAUGUUGAAUGUACAUUGGAAUUAUAUUUCAAGAUAAUUUGUGUAAUGGUGACCAAGGAUGUAAAUGUUUUGUAAAUAUAUCUUGUAAUUUUUAUCAUAUACAUUAAUUUAUUAACAAAGCUUUCUUUUGUACAUAUUUUUUGCUGUAAAUAUGAUAUUUUUAAUAAGUGAUAUUUUUAAACUACAUUCCAUGUUCAUCAAUGUUCAUUCCUGCCUUUUCCUUCUUUGCAAGUCUAGGUAUUGUUUAAUUUAAACAGGUUUCUGUUGUCAAAAGAGGAGAAAUUGAAUUUAAAUUUUUUAGAUUGUUUGCUCCGUUAGAUGUGGCCUCUUCCACGAUGUGCAUGUAAAAAUCACCCAUAACGAAAUCAUGCACUAGAUUUAGGAUAUUUUAGGAUAUUUCAGCCUUUGUGCAGAGUAUCGAACCAGAAAUGAAAAACUUUGGUCAGAUCCUGAAUUAUAUGCUGUUAUCUACUCCGCCCCUCUCCCCCCCCCAUAAAACCCCUUAGUUGUUGGCCCUGUUCAACCACAUGGGUCACAGACACCAAAGAUGCCAACAGCUCUAUUGGAUUUACAUGUUUGUAACCCAACAGGACUCAGAAUUCACUCUGUAUUUUAACUCCCAAAUAUUUGAAAGAUGCAAUUUUAUGUUUAUUACUUUUUUUCAUGUUUGAAAAUAUAACAUUUACUGUUUUAGUGUUAAAUAAAAUUUUCAAUAUAUACUUACAGUAAUCCACUCAAACUAUUUUACAUUCAGCACUUCAUUCUCAUUCCAGCAUUUCCAUAAUAUAAGUUUACAUAUCCCAGUCCAUCCUAUAAUAAUAUAUAUGCAAAUUUAAUAUAUUUUCCAUACCCAGAAUUUUUUUUAUCAUUUAUAUAGAUAUUUAAGUAUAUACAUUAUAAAAGGUAUUUCAUUUUUAUUAUUGUUUUGUGUUGAUUUUGUUUAUAUUUAUAAUAAUGAUAAACUGAAGAGCUCUUUCCAGAAAUGUGAUAAACAACCUUUCUGGGGUCAAAACUGGUGAGUUUACUUUGAAAUACCCAAAUGAAAACAAAGAAAUUAAAUAGUGACAAAUUUUUAAAAUGAGUACAAAUGUACUAUGGACCCAGAACCGAGCAUAACAUCAUCGCAGCCAUCUUGAAAUUGUCACUCAUAUCCAAAAUCUGGCCUCAUUUCAUGUCAAUCUACAUUUUUUAAUUUUGUUUUUUACUAAUAAAUAAUAUUUGAAAUAUGUGAGAGUAUGGUAUGAAUAACUAUUAUAUGAUUUUGGUGAAGAGCCCUUCAAUUAUUUUGUGCUAAUAUUUGACUAUUAGUGACUUUAAUAUGAUGCUAAAAUAUGAUUUUUCUAGCAGAAGAUAACUAAUUAUCUGCAAAGUGUGCACUUUAUUGUAUUUAACUCUAUAACUACACAUUAUUUUUAUAGUUUAAAACAUAACUUUACAGUGGUCUUGAGUUCACAUGGAUUAAAAACUCUAUAACUACACAGUUAUAACCCAACAGGACGAAAAAUACAACUAACUAACAACAACAACAUUAUUUUUAUUGUUUAAAACAUAACUUUACAGUAGUCUUGAGUUCAUGGAUUAAAAUCUUUAUAACUAUGUGAUAUUUUUAUAGUUUAAAACAUAACCUUUAGGUCUUGAGCUCAUGGAUUGAACUCUAUAACUACACAUUAUAUUUAUAGUUUAAAAUAUAACUUUAAACUGGUCUUCAGCUCAUAGAUCAACUAGACUACAAUUUUAUAUAGUCUAAAACAUAACUUAUAGUUUACAACAUAACUUUACAGUUUAUAUUCCUGAGGCAAUGGCCUGAGAGAUCCCUCCUUAAAGUGGGAUUAACACAAUAAUCAAAUGAAACACUGUGAUGAGUAUGUUUUACAAAGGUCUUGAGCUACAUGAUAUUUUACAGUUAUAGAUUAAAACUUUACAAAGGUCUUGAGCCCACGGAUUCAAUUCAGAUACUGUUUAAUCUGUGUUUAGUAACUGAACACAUGCAGUUUUAUAGAAAAGAUUUAUUGUAGUUUAAUUGUAGCCACGUUUCUAGAACAACAAUGAAAUCGAUGUAGAGAAAUGUAGCUAUUUCAUCCCAUAUUGACAAUAUCAUAAUAUUACGGCAUUCAUCAAAUAUUUUAACCCUAUGGUACCUGGUACAUGUAAAUUAGCAAUACCCCAUUUCCCUGUAAAAAUGAGAGAAAAAUUGUCUUUUUUACAAUGAGUUUCGGAGCUGGUUACAACAAUGAACUACAAAACUCAAUGCAUAAAAGAUGUCUUUUCUCUUAAUUUUUCACAUAAUUGGGGGUAGUUGAGGGUUAAAGCAAUUUAACUGCUGGUAGCUUAUUUUAUGGCUUAAUAAACAAGAUUUGGCUAUGGUACUUAAAUGUGGUUUACUGUAAUGCUAUCAUAUGUUCAAAAUGCUUUAUGUUCAAAAACUCACUAUAAUUUUUUUAAGAUAUAUAUUUUUUUUCCAAGCAAAAACAAUGAUAUCAAAUUUGAAAUGGGAUAAAAAUUGGAUUACAAACAUAGUCAUAUUUUUUUGCCAAGGUGCAAAGCGAUCAAAUGAGAGUUUGAACAGGUUGUUAGCUAUAUAUUCAGAUAAGUUAUAUUUUUGAAAGUGACACAUUAUUUCCGAUAUUACUGUAAUGAAGGCCAGUAUAGCAUGAAAAAAACAAAAAAAUCAUCAGAUAACGGAACAGACCUAUUUUAAAUAUUUUACUGUGAUUAUUGUAUAGAAAACAAAUAAAAUGG